GAAGAAAGUCAUAACGUGGGAAGUUGUGUGUUGUGUUCCUUGAAGUGAAGUUUUAUUGGUGAUUUUUCGGUUCUAUGUUUUGUUUCGAUGUACAUGUGACGUGCUUGUAUGGAAAUUGGAUUUUUUGAAUUUGACAUCCUGGCAUCACCGGAGAGUAACGGAAAAGUUGCAUUUAUUGGUUCCACCAUGAAACAGCCCCGACUGCCUGGAGCAGAAAAGUUCAGGUUCUCUACCUGCGAAAGAAUUCCAUCGUCAACAAACCUUACUGUUACCAAUCCUAGACGACUGUCAUCAAUAUCACAAACAUCAGAAACAGAUUCAUCUUCUCAUUUUAUUUAUCAGUCUCGAUCAUCACCAAAUGGUAGUCAAGGAGAGAUAAGCUCAAUCACUUCUUUCCCAACAUUGAUUCGCACUGAAUCUAAAAGACGAGCUGUUCUUCCAAUUACUUGUAAGAAGACUUCACGUAUGUUGAAUAAUACCAACCUCGAACUCAAUGUUAACCAUGCUGAUUUGGUGUCUGAAGACUCUGUGAAACUCAAAAGAUUGGAUUCCAUUCGAGUCCCGUCCUGCCCAAACUUAGAAACAUCCAAUCGUAGUUUGAAUUCAUCGAAAAGUUCGUUAGACACUUAUUUUCGCAAGAUGUCCUUGCAGAAUUCGACAAUCCGUGAAACUCCUUGCAACUUUGACUGGAAGAAUAUAAGAGCCUCACCAUCUAGACUUUCAGCAUCAUGUUCCAGUUCUUGUUCCAGUGAGGAAAACGUUUGGGUUUUAAGGGAGGAUUCAUAACUUUCAUAUUGCUGAAUUCCUACAUUGAAAUUCUUCAGCUAUGCCUACACUCAUGCGCUUUCCAUGUCUUCAUCAGCAUGAUGAAAGGGUGAUGAAAACAUGUGCGCUAUAUCAUGUCUUGUGCAAGUUUGGGUAUAGUGUGGCUCUGAUAAGUUGAUCCAUGACCCUGACAAUGUGAACUACUUUUUGGCGAGUUCAGUGAAAAGGGGGAAUGUUAUUGGCACAGAUUUGAGUUUUGCAGAACUAAUACGAACGUAAUCACACUCAACUCAGUGCCAAUUACCCUUCGCUGUUAUCCUAAGAAGCAAUAAACAUUGUCAAGAACCUGGCUAAACUAAACAGAGCCACAUUAUAAUUUAACUUGUAAAACACAUGAAGAAGCACAUACAUUUUGUCAAUCUCUUUCAUCAUGUUGAAGAAGAAAAGAAGAGGUAAAUAUCGUGGGGUGAACACUGCAACUAGGUAACUUCAAUCCUGCUGUUUGUUGGAGAAAAAAUUUUUUCACGAUUUUUGCCAAUUGUGAAGAUUUAUAGCUCUAAAAUUAGAUACGUUGUGUUGCCCACUUGUUGCUUCAAUAUUGCAAUCUUGAUAUGUUGAACAACUACUAGCUUAGUUAUAGAAGGGAUACUUUUUUUUUCCUGAUAAUCAACGUAAAUAGUUAUAAAAAUUAUAGGUAUCAUCUGUGAAGUUUCCACAACAGGCUACAUAGUUCUAGUAUGCUGUGGACCUGACUUAAUGGAAUAUUUCUUUGCAAUUACAUAUAUUUUGCCAAUUUCGUAGUUACCUAGUUGUUGUACUCACCCAAGAUAUGACUUUCGUCAUUUGAGGGGGAGAUGCAAUCUAGUCUAAAUCAAGCCUGUAACUCAGUGGUUCCUAUCCUGGAAGUGAUCGCCCUCAAAGUGGACAAUUUGGAUCCUCAAGUGGCGAUAACUUUUUUGAGGGGCGGUAGGAGACGAUGAAUUUUUAAAACAGAAUAAUAUUAAAAAGCCAGCAAAUAUCGAAACUGAAAACGCAUACGAAACCGAUUUUUCGAACUAGGAAUCACAAGUUAAAACAGAAACAAAUUAAAAUUCAAGAACUUCCUCCUCAUAUCCCGGUUGAACGUUGAGGAAUUAUUUCAUCAUUUAUCGCCAAGUUUGAGAAUGUUCAAUUAAUUUUUCUUUAAUUUAAAUUUUUAAAAGAUAAUUAAAAUUUGUAGUGUUUUCAAUUAAACAUAUUCCAUUUUUUUAAUAAUUUUAAUUUUUUUUUUAUUCUUGAAAAGUACGGCAAUGAUCUUAGUCGGAUAUUUUCCAUCAAAUUGCUAUUAGUUCGUUCUGUAAAGAGAAAAAAAAUGUAAAAAUAGGUACUUUUAUUUAUUUAUUUUUAGUUUAAGAGUGAUUGGAUAAAAUUGCUUGAUUAUAUAGAUUUUAUUUCAAAUUAAUAGUAGACAAUUUAUUUUUUCAAUAAUACCAAUCGCCAACUAAUGGUCUUAUUACAUGGUGCAACCAUUUGCAACUGUUUCCUGCAACUCUAUGUAUUUCUACAGGGAAAUAUUGCUCGAUGUCGCUGACAAUUGCAUACAAUAGUUGCACCUAGUUGCAGGUUUUAUCCAAUGAGAAUUCUCCAGACUGCGUAACGUCAGUGAUCUCACCUAUGUAUACUCAGUUACAUCUGCCAAUACUUGUUGUAAAUCUGUUAGUGUGCUGAGAAAGUUGCUACAACUAAAGUUGUACCGUGUAUUAAGACCAUUAGUGUUGUUACAAAGAAAGGGGGGGGGGUGAUAGGUGUCAGUCAACUUAUAAAGAGGGACGAUGGGCUCAAAAAGGUUGGGAACUACUGCGUGUAACUUGUUGAAUUCGAAUUUCCUAUGGAGCAUUGUCCAUCAAGCAUUGAUUUAAACAUCUGCGAAAUGUAUAUCUCUUCAACUUUUAUAUCGAGAUUUUUUACAAGUUUUCAAUGUACUAUUAGUGUUUGUAUUUCAAACAUGAAUUUAUUAUAUUUAAAAAGUGUAAUAUUACAUUUAUGUCCAUGUGUUUAUAGUUCUUCCAGCCUAUCAACAGCAAUGAUAGCUGUAAAUGAAGAUGUCUAGAAUUUUGCAGAAAUAGAUGAUAUAUUGAAUGGAUGGUAUACAUACGCUAUAUCAUUCAAUUCAAAAUCAUUUAUGAAAUUGCAUAAUCUAUAUUGUUGAAACUACGGCUGGCGUUUGUUAAACUUUUCACUAAAGUGGAAUUAUUUUAACUUUCUACAAGUUGACGCUUUUUUGUGCUUCUGUCU